CUCUAUGGCAUGGCGUUGCCCUCAGGCAACAAACCACUAUUUUGGCCCACACUCCCCCCCUUUCAUUUUUUUAAAUCAAAACUCUACACUGAAAGUCUUCUGAGAUGUCUGUGACCAAUGAAAUUUGAUCUGGGUGUGGCUUUGACCUUUUGUGUGGGGGUGAAACCGUCCUUUUUGGGACCACAGCCGACUUGGACACACUGCUAGCAAAAGGAAAUGGAUGCACAAGCAUUUUAUGGGUCUAAGAAACAUGAUCAAGAGGUUAGGCUCAUCCCUUCCGACAGUGAGGAUAGUGAGCUCGAGGAGAUUGACAGUGAGGAAGAGUGGACUCCAGAAUCAGCUGGUAUGCCUGAUGACAAUGAGUCACUGGAUGAAGAGGAAAAUGAGGAUGAAGCAUCACAGGAAGAUGUUCCACGCUUACCCCAUUGGAGAACACCCCGCAAUGCCAACAUCACUAAUUACCCAGAAUGGCAGGCCAGCCUUCCAAAAUCAGAUGAUAUCAAGUCCCCUUAUGAAUACUUCAAGAUGAUUUUUUCUGAAGACAUCCUGGAAGUAGUUGUAGAGCAGUCAAAUUUAUAUGCCAUUCAGUGUAACAUAAACAAGCCCCUUAACCUCACAACUAAAGAGCUGGAGCAAUUCAUUGGUACAGCAGUGUACAUGUCACUGUUCGGAUUACCAGGCACCCGGAUGUUUUGGAACAAAGCCACCAGAGUUUCCCAAGUAGCUGACACCAUGGCACUAAACAGAUGGGAGUUCAUCAAAAAAUCUCUGCACUUCAACAACAAUGAAGUGAGACAAGGAGAAAAUGUUGAUCCUCUCCACAAAAUCAGACCACUGGUCACUCAUCUCACCUCAAAGCUGCAGACAAUCCCAAUGGGUGAGAAGUUGGCUGUAGAUGAGCAGAUGGUCCCUUUCAAGGGAAGAAACAGACUCAAGCAAUACCUGCCAGCAAAACCAAAAAAAUGGGGCUACAAGAUACUUGUCUUGGCUGGCUCUGAUGGUGUCCCGCACAAUUUUGAGAUCUAUACAGGGAGAGUUGUGCAACCCCCUGAGCUGCCAGAUGUAGGAGCAAGUGGCAACGUUGUCCUCCGCCUGGCCCAGCCAAUACCUAAACACCAGAAACAUAAGCUUUUCUUUGACAACUGGUUCACGAGUGUUCCUCUCAUUCUUACACUUGCUCAGCAGGGAAUUCACUGUGCUGGCACUGUCCGUGUCAACAGACUACCAGGUGUGAGCAUGAUGUGUGAUGCUGAGUUGAAGAGAACUGGACGUGGAUCUUUUGACCAGAAGACGGCCAUGGUUGGAGAUACCACCUUGCAUGCUGUGAAGUGGUAUGAUAACCGUUCAGUCAGUCUUCUCAGUGAUUACAUUGGAGCACACCCGGUCACUGAUGUUGAUAGGUGGGAUGGAAAGCAAAAAAAAGUCAUCAGAGUUCCCUGUCCUGCUGUGGUGAGAGAGUACAACAAGAAUAUGGGUGGAGUGGAUCUGUUGGACUCUCUCAUUGCACUGUACCGCACCAAAAUCAGGUCGAAGAAGUGGUACCACCGACUGAUGUUCCACUUUAUUGACAUGACCACCGUGACUGCCUGGCUGCUCUACAAGAGAGACUGCAGCAGCACUGGGAUGAGUAAAGAGGAACAGAUCAGGCUUUAUACGUUCAAGUCAUAUAUUGGAGAAAGCUUAUGCAAAAGUGGCAAGAAUCUGGAGCAUAAGAGAGGUCGUCCCAGUUCCACAAUUGCUGGGGAGUACAAAGAAAAGAGGAAAAGAGGACCUGCUACACCUAUUCCAGUCCCUGAUGUGCGUCUGGAUGCCACAGCCCACUGGAUGGUCAUGGAUGAAAAGAAAGGGAGAUGCAAGGUACCAGGAUGCAAAGGUACACCAAAAGCCAAGUGCCAAAAAUGUGACGUCCACCUCUGUUUCACAUCCACCAGCAACUGCUUCCUGAGGUUCCAUACAGAAUAAUACAGACUGUGUUUUGUCAAAAAUCAGUACCCCAAAGGAACACACAUUCAUAAACAUAAACACACACUGCAGCUAAUCUGUAAUGUACUCAUUGAUAAACCACGUGUGACUGUUUGUUGAAAGAAAACUUUGAAAUUGCUGUUGUUGUUGAAAAAAAACUUCUUGUUAUGUA